AUGACCCCUGUCAAGAAUAUCUCAUCGUCCCAGCGGUGGAGUUCCACCUCUCAUUCACUCGUGAUACUCCUCUCGGCGAUCAUUCAGCUAGGCUUACUGAUCUACGCACAGCAUGUGGAUUCGCAUCCUGAACGAUAUGGUGGGUUGAAAUAUACCGAUGUGGAUUGGCGAGUCAUCAGUGAUGGGACGAGAUUGAUCUUUAGUCCUAACGAGGGAGAAGGCAAUAUAGCGGCCGGAUGGGUGGUGAGGCAGCUGAGCUUGAGGAUAGGAGAUCCAUACGAACGAUCCACCUUCCGAUAUACCCCUCUUCUACCUCUCCUAAUUUCACCAACCCUCAUUCAUCCCUUACUAGGCAAAUCGAUCUUGGUUCUGGCUUCUUUGGCAAUAUCGCAUCUACUCGUGAUCUUAAGUGAAGAAGGGUCGUUCUGGUUAAUUCACGGUGUAUGGACAUUAAAUCCUUUCAUUUUGAAUAUCAAUACGAGGGGAUCACCCGAAUCGCUUAUUUGUCUAUUUGUGGUCCUCACCUUGUAUCACCUUAAGAAUGGGAAUAUAAAGAGGGGUGCAAUAUGGUUAGGAGUCUCUGUUAGUUGGAAGAUCUAUCCUGUCAUUUACGUUCCGGCCAUAUGGGCUUAUUUAGCUGUUAUCCGAAGAUAUGGAUGGUUUGGAAAGAGGGUAUGGGAAUUUGGGAUCGUAUGUGCUUUGACUGUUUUGGUGGCAAAUGGGUUUUUAUGGUCAAUCUGGGGUGAACCAUUCCUCCACCAUACAUACCUAUACCAUCUCACAAGAUUAGACCACCGACAUAACUUCUCGCCUUACUUUUAUCCUAUUUACCUGUCUUUAUUCCCUUCGGCCAAACCCCCAACAUCCAUGAUGAUGACCAUACCUGGCACGGACGCGAUCCAGAAGAUACUUAGACACCCUUUAACCUCGUUCUUACCUCAGAAUACACUGGUUCUGUUCAGUGGAUUGGCCUUGGGGACAGCGACUUCCAUUGAAUUCACAAUGUUCGUUCAGACUACUGUCUUUGUGGUGUUUAAUAAAGUGUGUACCUCCCAGUAUUUCAUGUGGUUUAUCCCCUUUCUACCACUGAUCAUCCCUCAACUCGACAUGACCCGAACAAAAACCAUCAUCUUGAUAGCUCUUUGGGUGAUAGGUCAGGCGAUCUGGUUAUCUAUGGCAUAUCGAUUGGAGUUCUUGGCUGGACAGGUGUUUUUAUGGGUCUGGGCGGCAGGAUUGGGUCUGUUCGGAGUUAAUAUCUGGAUUAUCGGUGAGAUCCUGGAUGGGUAUGGUUAUAGAAAAGGGAGAGGGGAUUCAUCGACGUCGAAAGUAACACUGCAGUAA